GUGUGUUCCACUAGGGUCACUAGGUUCACUAGGUUCACAGAUGAAGUUGGUAUUGAGAUAAAUGCACAACCAACAGGUUUUUUUCAUGCCUAAAUUUUUUCUAGGGGUUCCAAAUUGGUCAGAAGUUCAAAUACUGUUUUACUUCUCUCUUUAUUUAGGAGGAAGAAAAGUAACCGUGACAUGAGAAAACUGAUUCACAGUAUCAAGGUUGGAAUUGCUCUUGUUUUGGUGUCUCCUCUCUACCUCCUUGAUCCUCUCUACAAAAAAGUGGGAGAAAAUGCUGUGUGGGCUGUAAUGACUGUUGUGGUCAUAUUUGAGUUCUAUGCAGGCGCUACACUUAGCAAGGGCUUAAAUCGUGGGAUUGGAACCAUACUAGGAGGAGGAUUAGGGUGUUUAGCCGCAGCUAUUGCCCAAAAAGUUGGUGGGAUUGGCAAUACCAUAAUUGUUGGCAUUUCUGUUUUCAUAUUUGGUGCAGCAGCAACAUACAGUAGACUGGUUCCAAGAGUCAAAAGGAGAUAUGAUUAUGGUGCAAUGAUAUUCAUUCUUACCUUCAAUCUGAUCGUAGUCUCUGGUUUACGGGCUGAAAAGGUUAUGGAGGUAGCCAGGGAACGUCUCUCAACAAUUGUCAUGGGGUUUAUUGUCUGCAUCCUCACAAGCUUAUUUGUUUUCCCCAUCUGGGCUGGUGAUGAAUUUCAUGAUUCCACAGCCUGUAAAUUUGAAAGCCUGGCUCGAUCUGUUGAAGGAUGCAUGGAGGAAUGCUUCAACAGGGUUGGGGACAAGCAAAAUCAGUCCAGUGAUAAUUUCAAUGGUUGCAAAUUAGUGGUACAUUCUAAAGCAAAGGAUGAAACACUGGUAAACUUUGCAAAAUGGGAGCCAUGGCAUGGAAAAUUUGGAUUCUCAUACCAUUGGGAGAAAUACUUAAAAAUAGGAGAGGUUCUCAGAGAUUUGGCUGCAAUCAUCAUUUCACUUCAAGCCUGCCUUCAAUCUCCUAUACAGUCCUCAGAAACACUACUGCAGUCAAUUAAAGAACCAUGUGAAGCAAUUGGGUCAUCACUUGCAUGGACACUACGAGCACUUGGAGAGAGCCUCAAGAAAAUGAGAAAAUGCCAGUCCGAAAAUGUCAUAGUGCCAAGAUUGAAGUCAAUAAGGCUACAGUUAAGUCUUGUCAGGACUUCUUCCGCACUUGGCCAAGUGGAGAACGCUGACGGACUCGCAAUUGCAAGCUUUAUAUUUUUGUUAAUGGAGAUGGUAAACAAGGUGGAAGACUUGGCAAAAGAAAUGGAAGAACUAGGAGAACUUGCUGGUUUCCACGCAAAAUAACUAAUCUUGAUAAAAUAAAAUAAAAUAAAAAUUAAUGAGCACAUUAUGCUCUGCAUUUUCAUCUGCUCAUUUUGGCUGAGUAAAAAAAAUAUGCAUGUAUUAUCAUUAAAAUGACUACCCCUCA